ACAAGCCGAGGCACCGCAGAUUCCAUCGAAUUCCUCGUUGUCCACUAACGAAAUCAUCACCAUACGCGUCGCAUAACCACAAGCACACCGUACUCACUCAUCAACAGCCCUGUAUGGGUCAUUUUCGAGGAUUUUCUCGCGUUGCAUAAACCCCGUUGGCAAGCCGUCGGUUGCUUCUUGAUCCUACCCCUGUCGGCGCAAUCAUCUCCCCACCGCGCCACGCGCGACCUCCAGGAUGGGCGUGAUUCGCAAGAAGAUCGCAGCCAGGGGCGGUGAAGGAGGUGUGAAAUAUGUCUGCGAUGUCUGUUCUGCGGAUAUCACUUCAACCGUCCGGAUCAGAUGCGCUCAUAGCGCCUGCAACGACUACGACCUCUGCGUACAAUGCUUCUCCAAAGGGGCCUCGAGCAACGCACAUCAACCUGCAACACAUCCGUACCGAGUCAUUGAGCAGAACUCGUUCCCGAUCUUCGACAGAGAAUGGGGUGCGGACGAGGAACUCUUGCUCCUCGAGGGCGCCGAGAUUUACGGCCUGGGAUCGUGGGCAGACAUCGCAGACCACAUCGGCGGGUAUCGGGACAAGGACGAAGUACGGGAUCACUAUCUCAAAGUCUACAUUGAGUCGUCGCGCUUUCCCCUUCCGGAGCGAUGCAGUCCAUACGAUAUGGAACUAGCGAACGAGAUAUCCAGGGAGGAGUUCCAGGCCCGCAAGAAGCGCAGGAUUGAGGAACGGAGAGAAGCUGCCAAGAACGCACCCGCUCUGCAGCCCAAGACCAAGCCGACAGCCAGUGUGCCAGCUUGUCACGAGAUUCAAGGCUACAUGCCUGGCCGUUUGGAGUUUGAGACGGAGUACGCCAACGAAGCAGAGGAGGCAGUACAGCUCAUGCAAUUUGAUCCCGGAGACGGCAUCAACCCGCGCACGGGCGAGCUGGAGCCUGAGAUGGAGCUCAAGCUUACGGUGAUGGAUAUCUACAACUGCCGGCUAACGCAGCGAGCCGAACGAAAGAAGGUGAUUUUCGAACAUAACCUGCUCGAGUAUCGGGAGAACACCAAGAUGGAGAAGAAGCGAUCCAAAGAAGAACGGGAUCUGCUCAACAAGGCGAAACCUUUUGCGCGCAUGAUGAACCGAACCGAUUUCGAGCAGUUUUGUCAAGGGCUUGUGGAUGAGCUCAAUCUUCGGCAGGCAAUUGCGCAACUGCAGGAAUGGCGCAGUCUCAAGAUUGGCGACCUCCGGAGCGGAGAAAAGUACGAGCAAGAGAAGGCGUUGCGGAUUCAGAAGUCGAUUCCACUGGGGUCUAUGGACCGCGAGAGACUCGCAACCAAUCAACGCAACAAGCAGCAGCCACCGCCAGAACCGCCGAGCGGCGCGGCACUCCUAGUUGCACCCGAGUUGCCUUUCCGCUCGACGACGACAAAUGGGGCAUCGACUGGCGAAGGGGCGAAUGGUGUCAAAACCGAAAGCAAUGGCAAUGUUAACGGCGGAAGUGUGGUGGUCGCCAACGGCGCCCCCCCUACAAGGCAGAAAUACGUGCCGCAGCCGAUUCCGGGAGUCCAGCCCCUUCAGCUCACCCAGGACAAUGCACCGGAUCUCCAUCUCCUGACUCCGGAGGAGGUGAAGCUGUGCGAAACCCUUCGACUCCAGCCCAAGCCUUACUUAAUGAUCAAGGAGCAGAUCCUUAAAGAAGCUCUCAAGGGCAAUGGGAGUCUCAAGAAGAAGCAAGCCAAGGAAAUCUGCCGUCUGGACUCUCAGAAAGGUGGAAGGAUUUUUGAUUUCAUGGUGAAUGCUGGCUGGGUGGUCAAGGCCUGAGUUAGGAAUGAUGGGAACUGCUUGCGAUGGCCGGUGUCAGGCUUAGCAAAAGCCAUUUUUGUUUUGGCGUCUGGUGUUAAAGAACGGAAUACCAUUAGGGAACAGGAGCGACUUCAAUGACUCAUGGUUUGAUAGCUUAAAAUGGCGAUUUUAGACAUAUCUGCUUUCGUUUGUCGUUAGGCCACCACUGUGACUACCCAGGUUUGCCGUGUUUACGUGCUCAGGGGCCAAGUCAACAAGACGGCCCAGCAACGCAUGGACGGGGAUAACAACGCACGUCAAAAAGCGCCCCCAAGUUCGCUCAGCACAUGCCGGUGGUCGUGCUUAUUGGUCAUCUGCGUGUAAGUGGCAGCAGCCUUUUUCCCCCGGAGUAUUUAAGCACCCCCUCGCAUUCUUCUUCGAAUUAAUUAAUAGUUCGGUUCUUCUCCUUUUCGCUCCGAGACGUUUGGGUUUGAAGCAAGAGCUGUUCCCUUCUGU